AUGCAUGCGGAAGUCGUCCCGGUUUCUCCGUCUACUCUUCCAGGUGAAUCUAGGGCUCUUGAGAUAUUCUUUGUAAAGGCAUCUCCUCGUCUUGCCGGAUAUUUCGAAGACUCGUUCUGGAAGCGCAGCGUCCUGCAACUGGGCCUCUCAGAACCGGCCAUCCGACAAGCUCUCGCUGCUAUUGGUUCAAUAUACGAACAUGCCAACACCGGAUCCUCACUCCAGUCUUCUCAUUCCGGCGUCUCAUAUAUACAAGCGAACUUUCCAUUGCGGUUGUAUAACAAGUCUAUCCAGUCUAUCAUCCCCAGGGCUAGGGACUCCGACGCCGUCCCGAUUGUGGUAGUGGCCAGCAUCCUAUUCGCCUGCUUUGAGUUCCUCCGAAGUGAUGCCGCUGCUGCAUCGACGCACAUUUCUGGUGGCAUCAAAAUCCUGCAAAAAUGGCGGGAUCACAACGGAGGACAUCCUAAGGGCCAGCCAUGGCCACAACGGUUCUCUUCAUUUGAAUCAUGCUUCAUAGAAACCGAGCUCGCUCCGAUCCUCAGUUUGUUUAACAUCAACUCCUCCGAGUUCAACCCCGUGCCUCGCAGUAGGAUCGUUCUCAAUGGUGUUGAUGAUCGGGGUCUAGUCAUCAUAGCAUCUGAAUUUCAGACACUCCGCGAGGCUCGAGUGGCUUUCAUUGAUCUCGUCACGACCACCGUCACGGUAUUCCAGCAGAUUGACGAAACCCUUAAGGCAGGGUGUUUACCAGACCUGGAUAUCAUGACAUUGUUCAGCGAUAUACAGUCGCGUUUCCAUUGCUGGGAAGAUGGUUUCCGUAAAUUAGGCCAACGACAAGAAACAAUGUGGGACAGGCAACAGACGAACGCAGCUGCAGUCCUUCGAAUAAUGUGGCUCAGCGCAAUGACCGGCGUCAGAUCCUAUCUUCUCGAAACCGAGAGCGAGUGGGACGCUUAUCGAAAUGAAUACGAAGAAAUCAUCCAGUUGAUUGAGACACUUCUUUCAGAUACAGAUCACUAUCCCGAUGAACUUUCGAAAACGUUGAGCCUAGAUUCAGGGCUAAUAUUUCCGCUCCACGGAGCUGCCUGGAAAUGCCGCUGGCCCUGUCUGCGCCGCAAAGGUCUAGAGCUCCUGUUGAAGAUCCCAAGACGAGAAUGGCUGUUGGAUGCGGAACAAUAUCACGAUAUAUUCUAUCGAAUCAUGGAGAUUGAAGAGGCACAUCUCCAUGAGGAUGCUGGAAACAUCCCAGACGAGAGUAUUCUUCCUCCCGAGCAUGCCCGCAUCCACGACUUCUACUGCAAACCUGUGCCUAAUGAUCCUUCUCGCUUUGCCAUCACCUUCAUCAGCAAGCCACAUGGUCUCGACAAAGCGUGGGAUUUUCGGACUGAAGUGAUGUCCCUACAUGGCACAGCAGUGCCGUCUAACCUAAUCUCCUGUAAGCCGUGGGCAAGCCCAUGGAUGACAGAUCCUCAAGUCGCCACAACAGUGAAAACUCUCAUGUUCGGAGACUACAAAAGAACACCAUUCCAUGUGGCAAUCGAGUGA